UCUGUGGUGCGGCCGGCUGGCAGCUAUGGCGGCCGUUCGCGGCCUGCGAGUGUCUGUGAAGGCGGAGGCCCCCGCUGGGCCGGCUUUGGGGCUUCCGUCACCCGAGGUGGAGUCCGGUUUGGAGCGUGGCGAGCCGGAGCCCAUGGAGGUGGAAGAAGGCGAGCUGGAAAUCGUGCCGGUGCGGCGCUCCCUAAAGGAACUGCUCCCGGACACAAGCAGAAGAUACGAGAACAAGGCUGGCAGCUUCAUCACUGGAAUUGACGUCACCUCCAAGGAAGCAAUUGAAAAGAAAGAACAGCGAGCCAAGCGCUUCCACUUUCGAGCAGAAGUAAAUCUUGCCCAGAGAAAUGUAGCCUUGGACAGAGACAUGAUGAAGAAAGCAAUCCCCAAGGUGAGACUAGAGACGAUCUACAUUUGUGGAGUGGAUGAAAUGAGUACCCAGGAUAUCUUUUCCUAUUUUAAGGAAUAUCCUCCAGCUCACAUUGAGUGGUUGGAUGAUACUUCCUGUAAUGUGGUUUGGCUGGAUGAGAUGACGGCCACACGAGCUCUCAUCAAUAUGAGUUCUCUACCAGCCCAGGAUAAGAUAAGAAGCAGAGAUGCCAGUGAAGACAAGUCGUCUGAGAAAAACAAGAAAGACAAGCAGGAAGACAGUUCAGAUGACGACGAGACUGAAGAAGGAGAAGUUGAAGAUGAGAAUUCAAGUGAUGUAGAGUUGGACACGUUGUCUCAGGUAGAAGAAGAGUCUCUGUUAAGAAAUGAUCUCCGUCCAGCUAACAAACUUGCUAAAGGAAAUAGACUAUUCAUGAGAUUUGCUACAAAAGAUGACAAAAAGGAACUUGGAGCAGCCAGAAGAAGUCAAUAUUACAUGAAAUAUGGAAAUCCAAAUUAUGGAGGCAUGAAAGGAAUUCUUAGCAAUUCAUGGAAGCGAAGAUAUCAUUCCCGUCGCAUUCAGCGGGAUGUGAUCAAGAAGAGAGCCCUGAUUGGGGAUGACGUUGGCUUGACGUCGUAUAAACACCGACAUUCCGGAUUAGUGAAUGUUCCUGAGGAACCCAUUGAGGAAGAGGAAGAAGAGGAGGAGGAAGAGGAGGACCAGGACAUGGAUGCUGAUGACAGAGUCGUGGUGGAGUACCAUGAGGAGCUCCCAGCUCUCAAGCAACCCCGUGAGCGUAGCAUGUCUAGGCGAUCCAGUGCGAGCAGCUCAGACUCAGAUGAGAUGGACUAUGAUCUGGAACUGAAGAUGAUUUCUACUCCCUCCCCAAAGAAAAGCAUGAAAAUGACUAUGUAUGCAGACGAAGUAGAAUCUCAGUUGAAAAGUAUUAGGAAUCCCAUGAGGGCAGAUAGUAUAUCCACAAGCAAUAUAAAAAACCGAAUUGGUAACAAAUUGCCUCCUGAGAAAUUUGCAGAUGUCCGUCACCUCUUAGAUGAAAAGCGUCAGCAUUCCUGUCCACGGCCAGCAGUCGGCAGUACUAAACCAGACAUUCGCCAGCGGUUAGGCAAAAGACCAUAUUCUCCAGAGAAGGCUGUUAGUAGUAACCAGGUGGUUCGGAGAGAGCCCUCUUCGGAUGUACAUAGUAGGCUAGGUGUUCCCAGGCAAGAUGUUAAAGGCCUCUACUCUGAUACUCGGGAGAGGAAAUCAGGUGGUUUAUGGACUCGCUUAGGAUCGACACCCAAGACCAAAGAAAAGAACACGAAGAAAGUGGAUCACAGGGCAUCCGGCGCUGAGGAAGAUGACUCGGAGCUGCAGAGGGCAUGGGGUGCUCUGAUUAAGGAGAAAGAACAGUCUCGCCAAAAGAAGAGUCGGCUAGAUAGCUUGCCGUCACUCCAGAUUGAAGUCAGCCGGGAAAGUAGCUCUGGUUCAGAGGCAGAGUCCUGAUGCCCUGGCCUUGGCCACUGCCCUUCUUAUGUAGGGUGGGGCUUGCAGUAGGAACCUCCCUUGCAGGAGAUGACACCCUUUCCUCCUGCCUGUGCCCUGAACACUUGCUGUCCUGGUAGGACAGCUUAAGAGUGUGAUGAGUUUUGAAGGGUGUCUCUGUCUUGUGCUGCAGAGUUACAGUUCUGGGCCCUCAAGUCUUCCCCACCACCCCACAAGCUUUACCCUUGGAGUUAAAGGCAACCCUCCAGAUUUUGUAGACGUUUUCUUAAUAUUUUUAACAUUGUGUCUUUUAAAAGAAAUGUUUUACACAGUCAUCCAAAGAGCAGAGAACUGAACUUCUCACUGUUGCCUUGGCCCUGACAGCUCUUGCCAGCAAGCACCCUUUCCCAAGAAAAGUCAGUUCUCAGGUGCUUAUUGGACAGUCUUUGAGGGGGAAGAUGAGGGAAGCUGCCUGCCAUUCAGCCUUCCAGGACCUUAGUGUGGUGGCUGAGUCUCACAUGACCUGAGAUGCAUCUGCCCUCCUGAGUAGAUAGGCACGCAGCAGCAACAGUCAGCAGUGGCUGCCGUUCCUCUCGGGGGUCUUUUAGAGUUUUUACUGGCUGGUAGCCUGAUGUGAAGUUCGAGUUCAGUGCUGUAGGACUUCUAGGGACAAACAACUGUGACUUCUGGAUUUGGAGUUGAUUUCUGUGGCGGGGUCUUGGGUUGAUGUUGAACAAUUUUUAAGUCUGUAUUAUGUUUAAAAACUAUUAAUGACUUAAAAGUUUAAAUUUUUAAUUUUUAUAUGUGGCUAUUCCUCCUGUUGGCUAAGGGGAAGCUCAAGUGGUGUCUUUUGUGUUGUUAAAUAUACAUUAUAUACUUUGGAAGAAGGCAAA